AUGGUUCAUGUCACGGAGGACCAGGUGGUCCAGUUCUCCCUAGAUGAGGUUCAAUCUACGAAGCGGCGUGCGUCACGUACUGUUCUAGGACGAUUGUUCACCACUGAACAAUUCUCGAAAGUGGAGCUGCGUGAUGCCCUGGUCGAUGCUUGGCAAAUAAAGGGUCGGGUGAAAGUCUCCAUGGCAAGCCAUGGUUUAUUUGAAAUUAUGUUGCCGAAUGAGGAGGCGAAGAGCUGGGCCCUGAAGCGAACCCCUUGGGUCAUCAAGGAUAAAAUCCUCAACGUCCAAACAUGGGCACCGUCGGUAUCUCGGAAGACCUUUGAGGACUUAUCCAUAGCUCCUUUCCGCAUCCAACUUUGGGGCGUGAAAGAAGACUGA